UCUGAAAAUGAUAAAAUUUGUUAAUGGGACAUUCGUUGCAAACUUCAUAUCAAAAUAAUUAACCUAAAAGUUUGUGUCAUCAUUUCGCUUGAGUUGUUGACUGUGAAAACCGAGAAAAACGCUAAAAUUUAGCAAGUGUUUUAGUACGUCUGCAAACGUUUUCGUGGAGUUUUUCUUGAAUGAUGUCCCACCUUUCGCGACAGGAGAUCAGUGAUGUUCAGCCUGACCUUGAGAAGAUAGUGGUCCAUGCAUUGGGAACAUUAAAUACAAACGUCCUGCAGAUUGUGCAGUCAUCCUUAUACAGUGGCUAUGAUCGACGGAAAAUUAGUGAGAAAUUGACAACACUUGUGGAUGGGAAGAUAUCUGGACGACUUCUAGAUAGAAUGGAAAGUUGGCUAGUAUCGUACCAGAACGGCCAAAAGAUGCGGAAGCGUCAUCACGAAGAAGGGCAGCGUGAGAGAGAAUCAAAGAAAGGUCGAAUGGAUGUAGUAGGUGCACCAAAGAGUCUAUUGCAUACUCCGGAAGUGCCUCAAACACCAAUGGACUCUCAAUUUAGGCAACCCGUUGAUAGUAGUGUGAAACUGACAUCGGAUCGCAUAAAGCAAAUGAUGCUCAAUGCACAGCGAGAAAUUGAGGAACGUAAGAGAGUUCUCAAGAAUGCUACGAGUACAAAAUCAUUGGCUGACCCAUCGCAUGAGUCAAAGGAAUCCUCAAUGCUGAAAUCCCCAAUAUUACCAUCAAUGGGCAAUACCCCGGAGGAUAUUGAGCGUGCACAGAAAAUUGCAAAUCUUCAAGCUCAAAUAAAAGCAAAAUUGUCGGGUUCCCUGGCAAAGAUUAUGACGCCCGUGAGUGAAAGACCAAAACCCCUAAUUCUCGAUAGCGAAGGAAGGACCGUGGAUAAGAGUGGCAGGGAAGUAAAUAUACCCACAUUGGCACCAACACUCAAAGCAAAUAUUAGAGCUAAAAAGAGGGAGGUAUUCAAUAAAGCACAAUUGAGUGAUCGUCAGGCGGAAGAACAGAGUGAAACGCACUUCUACGAUGAUCGUAUCAAUUUAAAAACACCCGUACGAAAUAAGAGAUCCCUCCGUUUCCAUGAGCCUGGGAAAUUUCAGCAAAUGGCCGAGAAGAUGCGUAUGAAGAAGCAAUUGGAAAAAUUGCAAAAUGAAAUAAGUCAAAUUGCUCGACGUACUGGUAUUAGUUCUGCAACAAAAUUGGCCCUUAUUGCUCCAAAACAGGACAAUUACUCAGACGAUGUACCCCAGAUGGAAUGGUGGGAUUCAGUUAUCCUCAGCGACGAUUUGCAUACACUGAAGGAUGGCAAAAUUUCAAUUAGAGAUGCCUCGAUUACGAAUCUAAUUGAACAUCCCACGCAAAUGAAACCGCCAAGUGAACCGUUGAAGCCAAUAUACCUACCAGUUUUCCUCACGAAGAAAGAAAGAAAGAAGCUACGUCGUCAAAACCGUCGUGAAGCAUGGAAGGAGGAGCAAGAAAAAAUUCGUUUGGGACUUAUCUCACCGCCAGAGCCCAAAUUGCGUAUCUCCAAUUUAAUGCGUGUCCUUGGCACAGAAGCUGUGCAGGAUCCAACAAAAAUUGAAUCCCACGUCCGUGAACAAAUGGCAAAACGACAAAAAGCCCACGAAGAGGCCAAUGCUGCACGAAAAUUAACAACAGAACAGAAGCGUGAGAAGAAAAUUCGUAAAAUUAAAGAAGAUACAAGCCUCGGGGUCUGUGUGGCUGUGUACCGUGUUAAGGAUUUACAAGAGAAUCUGAGUAAGAAGUUUAAAGUUGAAACGAAUGCGAAACAACUCCAUAUGACUGGGGUAAUUGUACUCUUUCGCGAUUGCUGUGUGGUUGUCAUAGAAGGUGGUCCGAAGCAACAAAAGAAAUUCAAGAGACUCAUGCUGAAUCGCAUAAAAUGGAGUGAGGACUUGGUGAAGAAUGCUGAUGGGAAUCAAGUUCCAAAUAAUUGUUCUCUCGUUUGGGAAGGUACCAGCCAGAGGAGGCAUUUUGGAGAAAUUAAAUUUAAGAAUUUCCCAAUGGAAAAAAUGGCGAGAGAAUUCUUUCAAAAAUAUGCAGUUGAACAAUAUUGGGAUUUAGCAUACUCUGGUGCUGUUCUAGAAGCUUCAGAGGAUUCAUAAGAAAAUCUAACAUUAAUUCUAUGGCGUUCUACUCUUCUCGUCUCUGUUUUUUUUUUUCAUAAAACUAUGUAGAAUAGUUGAAAUAAUAAAUAAACAUGAUUAGAAAAAAA